GUCUCCUGGUAGUUUGCUGUGUACGAGGACAUGUAAUGCAUUUACUGUUUUCAUUACAGAACUUCGCGCUUUGAACCGAAGGAAAUCUGACUAAAAUGCUCUCGCGUGCUUUGAAAGAACAUCAAGCGAAUCAAGCAGUUCAACGGGAAAAACAAGAACACUUAAGACGAGAAGCUGUGGUAGCAUCCUCAAGACUAACAUACAAACUAAUGGACACUCUUAACACUGGUGUAGAACAAGCUUAUGUCAAUCAGCGCAAAUUAGAAACAGAGGCCAAGCAGUUACAAGCUCAUGCAGCAAGAUUUUCUAAACAGACAGUACAAUGGCUUCAGAUGUUGGAGGCUUUCAAUAAGGCUUUAAAGGAACUUGGCGACGUGGAAAACUGGUCAAGAGUAAUAGAGGCUGACAUGACAGCCAUAGCAAGUGCUUUGGAAUACGCUUACAAAGGAGAUGGCCCUAAAGCUUCAUAGUAGUUCAACCUGAGAGCUGUCCCCAACAUAGAGAUAAUAGAAGGUUCCUUAUGACACAGAAAAUGUUAUUUCCUUACACUGUUAAGCUGUUAAUAAUAUACAUGGAAAAAUUACUCAGUUCUGAUUGGUUAAGAUAAAUGCAGUUUUCAGGUAAUUCAGUGCAGAAGAGAGUUAAUUCAGUGCAGAAGAGGGUUAAUUCAGUGCAAAGAAAGAAACAAAUCAGACAUUCUGAUUGGUCAAUAAUCAAAGAAACUCACAGAUAGCCAAUCAAAUGCGAGCCUUGGAUGUCGCAACAAAAUUUGAAAAUUUGAAAAUUUGCGAGCGAAACAAUGGCCGGCGUUUUAAGUAGGUUUUCUUUCGCCACCGCAGCUGAGAAACAGCUUAAACAACGAAAACACUAUAAAAAGCACUGCUUUUUGGUUGUCAGUUUGGAAAAAGUGGUGUUUAGAGAAGGGAAUUGCCAAGGAAAUCGAAAAUUACGAGCCGACCUAGCUUAACACUUUGCUCGAGCGAUCCAACGCCGAAAUUAAAAACAGUCAUAGUUAAACCUCGGAAACGACGAUUCCAUUUCAUCGAAAGUGCUUCGGACACAGACUGAACUAUUCUUUGAAUUGUUUAGUCGGACUUUGAACUUUCUUGCACUUUAAAGAUGUGAAGAUAUCAUUGCCUAUUAUUGUUUUGCUCCUACGCGGGGUAAGUACUAAAACAAGGAACGACCUAAAACCACCUAAAACUACCUACAACCACCUACAACCACCUCAAGAAUUUCAACAACCACCUACAACCACCUCAAAAACAUCUACAACCACUCGCAAACUAUCUAAAACCAUCUAAAACAAGGCAUAAAUGUCUAAAAUAAGGCGAAACAACAACAUGUCACGUACACGAAAUACGAGAAUCGAACGAAACCUCUACCUCCCCCUGAAAUCUUACUCUCCCUGUCCCAUGUAUAAUCAACCAUCUCACGAAAUGAAAUGCGAUAGCAUGCUAAUUAUUUUAUAUUCCCUCAGCAAAAGACUUAAAGAACUUUACAAAAUGAACUAACAAGUUACAAAAACUAAUAAAUAGGGAAUAAUACAUGGGCGCGCGUAGAUAUGGAAUUAAUCUUCGAGUGUUUAACUCGAUAGCUCACGAGUGAGCGCAGUGAACGAGUGAGAUGUCGAGUUGAACACGAGAAGAGAAAUUCCUUCUUCUUCUUCUACUUCUACUACUUCUUCUCUAUUUGUUUUAUAAUAAAGAAUCUGUUAAAUUCCUCAAGAAUUACUUUCAAUUUUCAAAACAAAUCUUAUUUCCAAAGCGAACAACAGUGUCGUCAGCAUGCUCUAUACUCUCAUAAAGCACGCUACAAUAAGCCAAUCAGAAUUCCUGUUAGAAUGGUUCAAAUGAUCUGAUUGG